AUGGUACCACCUCACGGUCGCUCUGACUCGAGUUAGUGGGGUGCGGGGUACACGGUCUGCCGGGAGGAGAGCCCCCACACACAGACCUGCCGGGAGGGGAGGCCCCCACACACAGACCUGCCGGGAGGGGAGCCCCCACCCCACACACAGACCUUCGUACACCCCGCGCUCCGCGCCCGAGUCAGAGCGACUGAGUUAGGUACGGUGUACGUGUGAGCCGCAUGACUAAUCCCCCCCUCCAUCUUCUACAUAAUAAAAUUAAUAUCGAGAAGAAAAAGACGGCUCGCCGGGAAUCGAACCCGGCUCGCGCGGUUGACAGUCUGACACUUAACGCAUGCGGCUAUCACGUACACUUGAUAAAAAAUGUUAAAAAGUGAUAUAUAAGGUGCACGCGUACGCGGCUAUCGCGUACACUUGAUAAACAUUUCCCUCUCCACAGACUUUCCUAUGAUAUAUAUAAAUCAGUUCACAAGUCCACUGUACCACAGUAGAUCUGUCAGUAAAGCAAAUAAUAAUUUCGAAGAAAUGGAAAUCGACAAUAAUUUCGAGAGGUUAUUAGAUGAGACCGAUGAAGAAGAAGAAGAAGAAGAAUAUGAACCAUUAUCCGACGAUAGUGAGAAUGUCGAGAGGGUAUUAGAUGAGACCGAUGAAGAAGAAGAAGAAGAAGAAUAUCAACCAUUACUCGAUGAUAGUGACUACAUCAGUGACUCGGAGGAAUAUACAAAGACUACUAGGAAAAGACUGUCUCGUCGCGAAAUUCUAACACUGAAUUUAUCGAUGAAAAAGUGUGCCAUAUAUAGUUAUUAUUGUGACGGUAGCACAUAUAAAUUAUGUCAAUGGUGUAUGUGUGAGUGCAGAGACAUGGAUAUUACAUAUAGUACUCGUAAACACAUUACCGACUGUUACGCUAAUAUAUACACAAUGAGGUUUAACAACUGCGUAAUAUGUGAUGAGCCAUUGUAUAUCAUAUUUCCGUGUAAUAUGUGUCCAAUUUGUACAAAAUAAAAAAGC